AUGGAUGGCCUUCGGAAGAUAAAGCGGGGGGGGAACGAGAAAAUGGGUCCCCAAAGGCCACUCGCUUUUGGUAAAGAGUCGUCGGGUCCUACGAGUCUUUUGGAGCUCCAAUUGAAGGAGCUUGACCGUGGCCUGUAUGUAUCUCCACCUUCAGCGGCUGUUGAGGGUUCCUCUUCUGCGGCUCUCUUUGACUUCGUCUCUUUUUUGAGGAAUUUUUUUCAGAACGAAUUCCAGCCCGUGUCUAUCGCGCUUGAUGCUGCUGCUGCUGCUACAGCUGCAGCGAGCGGACAGGAAACAUUUACAUCUGCGAGGGCCGUCGCAAUAUUCAGCCAAGUCCCUGGUAACGCCAAAGCUACCCCGUCCUUGUGGACAGCCCCACUACCCUCUAGAGUUGAAGUCGUAGGCAGCUGUGGGGCGGGCAUGGGGCCUCCUGCCUUUGCGCGCAACUUGGACGUGGCUUUAGAACUCCCCGAAGACGCAAUUGACAAACGUGACUACUUGAACUACAGGUACCUAGCAAAGCGCGCGGCAUACGUGGACCUUCUGCACGUCCAACUGCAAGAGGCCGUAGCUAAGCAGCAGCAUCAGCAGCAGUGGGCCUGGGCGAGCACAUGCAAGCGGGCCUGUUUGAAGGUGGAGGCGGAAGUACGGCCGUGGCGCCUGGAUGGGCUGAAGACGAUCCUUUGCUUCAAGUUCGUGCCCCUCGAAAGCAGAGCGAAGGAGGUUGCAGUGGUAGAAGAUACAGAUGCAAACGACCGGCGGACCCAGCAGCGGCUCUGUCGUCAGCUUCAAAACUGGGAGGUGCGUCUGCUCGUCAGCUGCUGCGGGGGAGUUUUUAAGGAAAAAUUCUUGAGGCCCGACGCAAAUGCAGUGCGGCGCAGAACAACUGCCACCAAGGGCCUCCAAGAAGCGGCGGAUGCAAAGGAGACACCUAUGACAGAUGCCCAAGUCAAGGCUCUGCCUCCCACACCCUACUACAACAGUCUCGUUCUAGAGGACUGCCGGCUCGUUAGUGGCUCGCCUGCAACUGUCUCCUCCUUCCACAUCCUCGCAGGUUCAUCAAGCACGCGGACAUUCUCCGCAAAUGUGCCGCUGAGUUCGCCGGCUUCGGCAGUGCUGUUCGCCUGCUCAAGGCUUGGGCUAGGCGGCGAUCUCUUCUUGAUUCGGGGUCCUCUGCGUGCAACCCUAUUACAGGCAAGCGCGGCUUCGUUGCGCCUCCCUUGGACUCUGGACAGGUUCAUUUUCUGCCGAAAACUUCCCAGUGAUAGUUCGAAGCGGGGCAGCGUCUGCUGCGGCUUUACUCUGUCUCUGGUUCUGGCACACGUCUGCCUGGCCUCGGGAGACGUGUGCCGAGUCGCUGCCCCUGUGCAGCUGUUCCGAUUGGCGCUCUCUUUCCUUGGAGGUGCGGAUUUCCAGGGUCACUACUAUUGCAUGGGGGAGGAGACAGGCCGCCUCAAAACCCAGCUGCCAGAGGAGGCAAGUGCCCGCCUGGAGGCAGCUGUCGCAGCGCGUAACGACGCAGCUGAUGCCGCUGCUACCAUCAGUCCUGCUGCUGCCUUCUCUGGUGCGAAUGAAACAGAACAGGCUGCAUAUGCACCGCAGUGGGGCCGUCGAGAACUGUGCGUGGGGCUGGUAGAAGACGCUCUGCUCUUUGACUCGAACGAAAAGGCAUUUAACAUCUUGUGGCGUGCGCAGCUGCAUAUCCAGGUAUUGGAACUGCAACACGAAGCGCGGAGCAGCCUGACUGCGUUGCAGAAGCUGGAAGACCCUUUUCCGCUCCUGUUUGGGGAGCAACAGGAGCACCUGCUACUCAAGUCGGACUUGUGGGUGCAAAUCCCGUCCUUGCCUCCACGCGGACAUGCCUACGACCUCGAGACGUCGAUCCCCGUGGCAAACUACGAUGCCCCGACCCCAGACCGCCGUCACGUGGGUCAAGGUCCCCCCUAUGAGGAAGGAGACCCUUUGGCUCGCGACGACCCCACACACUUCGAUCCCCCAAAAUGGGAGAUGGCUCCUGCGUUCUUAGGGGCGGCGACAGUCGCGCGCAUCCUCGUCAGGGGCCUCGGUGACCGCAUGCAGACGUUCCGCGUCCGCUUCGCUCUUGCUGGACCCGCGAUUCCAGUGCCACGAGACGGAAACCCAGCCGACAUCUUUUCAAUUGGAGUGGUGAUCUGUGUCACCUUGAAUGGAAGGACGUCUGCCCGCCUUCUCGACAGAGGCCCUUCUGUGGUGGAUGCAACGGAAGCUGCUUCACAGACCCCGCGGGCUGUCGCUGCUGACAGCUUCAGGAAGUUCUGGGGUACUCGCUGCGAUGUGAGGCGGUUUCAAGAUGGGCGCAUGCUCCAUUGCGUCUUGUGGGAGAAGUUCGCGGUCUUCGAAGGACUUCAGGCACUUGACAGAGCUUCGGGAGAAACUGCGAUGUCGCAGACACCCCCGGAACAGAUCGUACGGCAUGUCCUGCAGCGGCAUGCAGGAGGCAUUUGCCAAUACACUGCCUCGUGCACCAAGACUGAGACAACCACAGCUUCUAAGAAACAAGCAGAAAGGCUUCAGCUAAGCGUCCAUUGCAGCCCUUUGGGUCCUAAUGGCCCUCUAUCCGACAGGCAAAAGGCUCUUGUACGGGCAUUUGCAGAGCUGAAGAAUUUACUGUGCGCCCUAAGUUCCAUUCCGCUGACCAUCAAGCAAGUCUGGCAUUCGGACGCUGCAUUACGGCAUACAGAAGUCUUCUCCUCAAACAUUUGGGAGCCCGAAAAGCCGAACGAUUCAACUGUGCACUCGGUCGUCGUCCAGUUUGAAGACUCGGGCAAGUGGCCUGUGGAGCGAGAAGCCGUUUGCAAACUUAAGACGGCAUUUCUGGUAGCCAUGAACGAGGAGCUCUUGCGUGACUACUCUGUUUCAAGUAACGUCAUGGAGUCCUUUCUGGAUAUUCACUUUCAGUCGUUCAUUUUCCGCGUCCAAAUAUUCCAUCCCAACGAAGUCAUGGAGGAGGCAAACAUCUUUACCGACUUCUCUCUAAAACCAAUCAGACUGCACCUUGGAAAGGCGCAGAGUGGACCUUCCAGUAGCGGCCGGGAGACUUUGACAUUUGCCGGUGGUUCAGUCGACGGACAAAAUAUAGCUAAGCAUGUGUGCGAUACAUUGCUUCAAGAAGACGUAGCCCUCUUGUCCGCUGUAAACCCAUACCACACGGACAGAGUAUUGCACCUCCGCAAUCUUUGGUGGGCACCGCAAGCUGCCGCUCUGGUUCACAGCUUGGCUCUCAAGCACACAGCUUUCGCCGGUGCCGUCAGACUGACGGUUUCGUGGCUGAGCAAGCAGCUUAUUGUGGGGGCGGUCCAUUUUGUGGAACACGUCUUGGCAUUCCUUUUUGUCGACUACAUGAGGACCGGCUAUGGUAGUGAGCCACAAAGCCCACAUGUGGCUUUUUUGCGGUUCCUUCACUUUGUCAGUUCAUUUGAUUGGGAGCACAAUGCUCUGCUUGUUUCGUUUGAUGCGUCGGCCCCACUGACCGAUGAACAGCGGCAACACAUGCAGGUCUCUUUCGAGCAUUUCGGUCAUGUCCCGUCGGUACACUCUGUUCUAGACCCACAUGGCUUUAUACUUCCACGCCCUGAUCCUGCAUCCUUCCGUCGCCUUUUGGGAUGCGCCCGAGAUUGCUUUAUGAAAAUACGUGCCAUCUGCAUAACUUCCUCGCGGUUGACUGCAGUUUGGAAGGGUCUAUUCGCGACCGACUGGCGCCAAUUCGAUAUCAUAGUUAAACUCAAAGACCCUCUAGCAGCUCGGCAGACCAGUUCUCAAGAUACAGCCCCGCAAAAAAAGAGGCGGUUUGCAAACUUGGCAUUCAGCAGCAGCACAACGGACAGCCCAAAAGAAUCUGCUUUCCCCGACACCUUUGUUCUAGGGCUGGACUUUGUACAAGCUCAGCAGCUUGCGGGAGGACUCCCAGACUCCAUUGCUUUGAAGAUACCGCCAGCGGCGCUCCUCUGUAGAGGGUUGCAGCCCACAGAAGUCUCGCCACGUCUUCUUGCUUGUCCCUCUUGGGAGGCGCAGAAGGCUUCUACUACUGCUAGCGAAUCACUCAAGGAAGCCAAUAGCUCGCCAUCAGAAGAACGGGCUUUUAUGGCUGUCCUCAGCCCGUCGAUGCUGGUAGGAGGCAUCAGUACGAUAGCGGCGGGAUUGAUAGAGACUGUGGUGCUCACGUAG